UAGUUGUCUAAGUGCAAUUGUGUGUCAACUUGGGUGAAGACAGUGCCAUAAGUUAGAAGUGUGAGUGCCGUCCUUAGUGUGAGUUGGCCUGGUAGCAAAGGUUGUUAUGGCGGCUGCGGGGACCAACGGCGCUGACCCGACAGUUUCAGGUGGGACACACGAGUCGGUCAGUGUCGGAAGGAAACGAAGCCAUGCAGAAUCCCUGCUUCCCAUCAAGCCGAUGAAGGAGCAUGUCUUGCCCAUCACCCCACCCCUCAAGAAACCGGAAGAGGAGGUGGAGGAGGAGGUGGAGGAGGAGGAGUUGGAUGAUGAGGAUGAGGAGAGGAAAUUGAAAAGGCAGAGAGUUAGGACCAGGGAAUAUUUUGCUGAGUUGGAAAAGAAAAUGACCAUCUGUAAGCCAGCGCCUUUCGACUACGAUGAGGAGGCCAUCAGGGAACGAGAGGCUUGCAAUUACUCUCAAAAGAUUACCCUGGAGAUGGCCCGGGCAGGGAAAGCACCUCGGGCUGUACGAGUCUAUGCAGACGGCAUCUACGACCUUUUUCACCAGGGCCACGCCAGGCAACUCAUGCAGGCCAAAAAUCUCUUUCCAAAUGUUUACCUCAUAGUGGGAGUGAAUAGUGAUGCCAUGACUCAUGAGAGGAAAGGAAGGACGGUAAUGACAGAGGAUGAGCGUUAUGAGGCUGUGAGACAUUGUCGCUAUGUGGACGAAGUCAUCACAGCUUGCCCCUGGACCCUGGAUGAUGAGUUCCUUGAAAAGCACAAGAUUGAUUUUGUAGCACACGACGACAUCCCUUACACAACUGGCAGCGCCACAGAUGUCUAUGCACACAUAAAGGCUCGUGGAAUGUUUGUGUCGACGGAACGCACAGAAGGUGUGUCCACCAGUGACGUGGUUUCCCGAAUUGUGAAGGACUACGACGUCUACGUGAGAAGGAACCUUGCACGUGGUUACAGUGCCAAGGAGCUCAAUGUGUCUUACAUCAACGAAAAGAAAUAUCGUCUCCAAAAUAAAAUUGAUGACCUAAAGAAGAAAGGAAAGGAAAUGUUUGAGGACAUUGAAGGCAAGCGAACAGAUCUUAUCAUGAAAUGGGAGGAGAAGAGUCGGGAGUUCAUUGAUGCUUUCCUUAUGCUCUUUGGUCGGGACGGUCGCCUCACACAAUACCUCACCGAGAAAAAGGACUCAGUUAUGAUGGCCCUGUCACCACCAUCCUCACCCAAAGCAGGCAGCCAGUCUUCAGAAGAUUGUAGCAGUCCUCCAGCAAAAACUUCCAGAUUUGAUUUUUCUGGCCGUGCUGGGGCAUCGCUGGUGGAUGAUGAUUACUCUGACGAUGACGAUGAGGAACCUGAGAGCCACUGAGACACCAACAUCUCCCUUACCCCUUGUCCACCCUUCCUGCACACCCAAGUAGCCAGUAAUUCUAUAAUUGCCACAUUACUUCAUUUUAGUGGAUUUUGAUGUGGACAUAGAUUCCUGAACUGCCAUUCUCUUCAGGGCAUUUUAUAAUUCAGUUGUGUGAGGAGAAGUGAGUUUUAGCUUUACAGAUGGUUGGUUGGUCACCUCCCCUCACCCUCUGUUUACUGUAGUUAAUCUAGUGACUAUCAAGUGUUCUUAUUCUGUAGAACAGUAAUCUUCUGAUUCUUGUUGUUAUAUACUAGUUUCAUUAAUUAUAUUGGUUUCUUUGGUAAAUAUUUCCUACAACCAUUUGGUAAGCAUGUGCAUGCUUGUUGUAUUAACACACACACACCUGGAGCAAGUGUUGAAAAAUUAAGGGAAAAAGUCACACCUUAGAAAUUAUAUGAUUAAUAAAAAUAAUCUUGGCGAAACAAUAUGCAAAGAGAAAAGAAUCCUUGAAUCAAAGAAGAGACUUGGAAGAACGAAGAACUGCUUGAAAUUCAGUGGUGAUUACAUUAGUGUUCAUAAUGAGAGAGAGAGAUAAUACAUAAAGUGUUCAUAAUGAGAUGAUACAUUAAAGUGUUCAUAAUGAGAGAUGAUACAAUCAGCCAUGUCUAACAUGCCAAACAUGAGAGAUGAGUGGCAAGACCUGACAUGAAAAUGUGUGAUGCUGAAAUAAGUAAAAAAUACCAAAUUUAAAUUCUUUGAAUAAGAAAAUAAUUUUUCUUAAAAUGAAGAAUUUAUUUUUUGUGGUAAUGUAAAAGGCAAAAGUAUUUCAUACAAACAAACAUUAUUGAUUAAACUAAAAUAGAUAAAAGUCGACAAUAUAAGAUAAUUUGAGCCCAUUGUGCUAAAAUAAAAAAAAAUUAAGUC